UUUCGUGCCAAGGCUAAAAGGGCAUGCCCACUUGAUUCCCGGACUCUCUUGGGACAACUUCCACCCUGCAUCCUCUUGCACCUCGGGGCACAGUGCGCAGAUGGGCUUGCCUUAGCCCCUCCAGCCAGAUUUUUGAGGCCUCUGUCACACACCCUCACAAGCCCCUCCCCCAGCCCCCAGAGACUUUUCUUGACUUCCACCAGUUGCUAGGUGAGAGUGGAGAAGCCCCUCCUUCAUCCCCCAGGCUCCCUUCCUUCCUGGAGCUGCAGCCUCGGCAUCCUCCGCCCAGCACCCCAGGAUUCAGGCGUUGGGUCCCGCCCUUGUAGGCUGUCCACCUCAAACCGGCCGGGCAGGAUAUAUAAGAGAGAAUGCACCGCGCACCACACACGCAACUCCUGCGCUGUUGCAGCCGGAGCCGCCCAGCCCACCGAGAGCCUAGUUCCGGCCAGGGUCGCCCCGGCAACCACGAGCCCAGCCAAUCAGCGCCCUGGACUGCACCAGAGCCAUGGUCGGCAGAAGAGCACUGAUCGUACUGGCUCACUCAGAGAGGACAUCCUUCAACUAUGCCAUGAAGGAGGCUGCUGUAGCAGCUUUGAAGAAGAAAGGAUGGGAGGUGGUGGAGUCGGACCUCUAUGCCAUGAACUUUAAUCCCAUCAUUUCCAGAAAGGACAUCACAGGUAAACUGAAGGACCCUGCGAACUUUCAGUAUCCUGCCGAAUCUGUUCUGGCUUAUAAAGAAGGCCGUCUGAGCCCAGAUAUUGUGGCUGAACAAAAGAAGCUGGAAGCCGCAGACCUUGUGAUAUUCCAGUUCCCCCUGCAGUGGUUUGGAGUCCCUGCCAUUCUGAAAGGCUGGUUUGAGCGAGUGUUCCUAGGAGAGUUUGCUUACACGUACACUGCCAUGUAUGACAAAGGACCCUUCCAGAGUAAGAAGGCAGUGCUUUCCAUCACCACUGGUGGCAGCGGCUCCAUGUACUCUCUGCAAGGGAUUCACGGGGACAUGAAUGUCAUUCUCUGGCCAAUUCAGAGUGGCAUUCUGCAUUUCUGUGGCUUCCAAGUCUUAGAACCUCAACUGACAUAUAGCAUUGGGCACACUCCAGCAGAUGCCCGAAUUCAGAUCCUGGAAGGAUGGAAGAAACGCCUGGAGAAUAUUUGGGAUGAGACACCACUGUAUUUUGCUCCAAGCAGCCUCUUUGACCUAAACUUCCAGGCAGGAUUCUUAAUGAAAAAAGAGGUACAGGAUGAGGAGAAAAACAAGAAAUUUGGCCUUUCUGUGGGCCAUCACUUGGGCAAGUCCAUCCCAACUGACAACCAGAUCAAAGCUAGAAAAUGAGAUUCCUAAAACUGGAUUUUCUUCUAACAUGUUAUCAAAUCUGGGUGUCUUUCCAGGCUUCCCUGACUUGCUUUAGUUUUUAAGAUUUGGGUUUUUCUUUUUCCACAAGGAAUUAAUAGGAGAGGGAAUCGACUGUA